AUGAAACUCGGGGUAGAUUUGAAGACAGGUUUCGACCGGUUCCUGACAUCUUGGAGGUCAGCCGAAGACCCUGGAAUCGGGGAAUAUUCGUUUAAGGUAAACCCAAAUGGCUCACCACAAUUCUUUCUCUACAGGGGUAAAAACCGUAUCUGGCGAACUUCCCCAUGGCCGUGGAGACCCCACAGGAAUACAUACAACACUAGCUUUGUCAAUGAUCAAGACGAAAUAUGUCUAACAUCUGCAGUCCCUCUUGCGUCUGAUGAUUCUGUUAUCCAAAGACUAAUGGUGCAUCAUUCAGGAAUUGUUAAGGUGGUAAGAUUGCAUGAAAGUGAUCGUCGAUGGAAGGACUUGUGGAAGGCACCUAGGUAUCCAUGCGAUUCUUACGGAUGGUGUGGUGCUUAUAGCACUUGCGAGCCUACUGACGUUGGCAGAUUCGAAUGUGCGUGUCUACCUGGGUACGAACCCAUGAAUCCAAGGGACUGGUUGCUGAGAGAUGGAUCAGGUGGUUGUGUCAGGAAGCGUCAAGAGUCUUCCUCAGUGUGCGGGCAUGGAGAAGGGUUUGUGAAAGUGGAAAUUAAAUUGCUUCCUGAUACUUCAGCAGCAGUUUGGGUAGAUAUGAGCAUGAGUCGUGCAGACUGCGAACAGGAAUGCAAGCAGAAUUGUUCAUGCUCAGCAUACGCAAGCAUAGAUAUUCCUGGUAAAGGGAGUGGUUGCUUGACAUGGUAUGGUGAAUUAAUAGACACAGUUAAAUCUGACAGUAAUGACAGAUAUGAUCUGUAUGUUCGUGUUGACGCACUGGAAUUAGGUACAGUACCUAUUCCUGCUGAAUAUGCAAUAAAAUCAAAUGAUUAUCUUGAAAGGAAGCAGAUGCUGGCAAUACUUGUACCAUCUGUCGCUUCAGCAUGGUUUCUCAUUAGCCUCUGUGCUUAUUUCUGGCUUAGGAAGGGAGGAGGAAAAGGUGUGGGAGCUGUGGAAGGAAGACAGAGCAUUGGAGAUAGUUGA